AUGGAGAUGGAGAUGGGGAUUGGAGAGAGUGGAUCACCGCCGAAACCAGGCUCCACUAAUGUUUUAACAAGGUCUAGCGGAGACUCAUACCCAUCCAUGGUGACACCCAUGAUCGGAGGCGAUGCCGGGUGCGUGCCAGUGGGCGGUGCUAGAAAGGGAGGUGAAGGCGACUCCAGCCAGGCACAAGGGAAGGGGACCACUCACAAACAGCUAAGUGGUGCCAAAGGUGGAGGGGCCAACUACCCAGGCGACACCACAGACAAAGAAUUCCUAGGUGUUGGCUCUGGUGGAAGGAGAUUGAAUGGCGAUGGCAUGGUGGGAAGCAAAGGCACAAGAACUAACCACAUAGGUGAUGCCAUGCCAAGCCUGGGCGACGCCUGCUUGGGCGCUGUGAGGGAGAAUGGCUCUACGGCCAGGGAAGCCCAGCAGGACGGGAGCACCAGACCUUACAAUCUUCUAGGCGGCGCCAUCCUUAGUGGUGAGCAACGUUUUGGCAUGCUAAGGUAA